CCUCGCUUGGCCGUUCUCACCGCCUACCAAAUGUGGCGUGUGCGUGCUUCAAUUCACUGGUUUGCGCCGUCCUUCGGUGAUGCCCCGCACGACCGCUGAUCUGCGGACCCUGUGGGGUUUGAAGGCACCGUUCGGACUUGCCAAGGGUCCGCCCGGCCCGAGCCUCACCCCAUCUCAUCUCCUCCGUGCAUCCAUCACAGAUUCACAGUAUGGACACGGCCAAUACAUCCGCCGACAACGGCGAAUGGGUUUUCCGACAAUUAAGCACAGCCGGCAAGCGGCUCUUCUGGAGGCUCAACGGCCCACUCGAGGGCGCUAUCGAGGUUGCACCGUCGGAAUACUACGAGCCGGGCGCCGUGAUGGAGCCGUAUUUCGGCCCGGACGGCUCUCUCCACCCCGUAUCGCAAGCGUCCCUUAUAGAGCCCCCGAUAUCGUCCGAUACUGUCCGCAUCCAGUGCAUCGACGAGCGGGAGCGGGUUUGGGUCGACCAGCACUCGCGCUGCCACGACGGCCCCCUUUACCAAGGGUACCCGAGACGUCUAGGGCCCCGCCCCGGCGACGAGAGCUUCGACCCGAAUAUCUUCGUACUGGAAUGCUGCGGGCAGAAGCGGCCCUGGUCCUACAACGUAUAUCUCCAAGUCGUAGCCCAAGGCGAAUUCCUUACCGUACACGAGUAUAUCUCGGCCGUGCACCCGUGGCUGAUGGCUAUGCGCGAUACCCUCCUGGAUGCCCGGGGCAAGAUGGAUUACCAGCCCAAGUGGCCGCCUGAGACUAAGCUGGCUGUCGUGAAUCUCGGACCGGGCCCGUUAUACGUUGAUCAUGAGGACAAGUGGGCCUGGUGGCACAAGAAGCCGCCCGUGCCCCGCCCUGCAAGUGAUCAACCCCGGCUUUCGGAUGAGGAGCGGCAACGUAGGAUUAUGGAGAGGGCGAUGGCAAGAUCUGCGGCAAUAAUACGCGCGCGAGAGGAAGCGGUACGAGUAGCCGAGAUGGAGAAAGAAAAGUAAACUGGGACGGUCUGCAAGGCCUGCCAACCUGCAUCCUCCAGACAGUGAAAAUCACCAGUUUCUC